AUGGCUACGAGAAAUUUGUUAUUUCAAGUCCAUCAUGGUGGGAUAAUUGAUAGGCGGCAGAAUGGGGAAUAUGUUGGGGGUAAGACUGAUGUGUACCAUGAACCAUAUGAUGAGGAUCAACUAUCAUGGAUUGAGAUACAGACGAUUAUGGCCAAGUAUGGUUACCAUCCAGGUGACCUAGUCUACUAUAGACACCCUAGCUUGAGGAUGCACAAUGGUCUUAAAUUGCUUACAUCUGACCAUGAUGUGCUGUCUAUGGUGGCUGCGCUUCAGGAUCAACAAGUGGCUCAUUUGUAUCUUGUGUCUCAUUCUCGAACUUCAGUGCACCAGUCUUCUUUGCAUGAUCAUCAUGUCGAGGAGGAUGUGAGUGAGGAUGAGGAGGAAGCAGAAGCACGUCGCCUUGGACUUAAUGAUCCAUUUUGGAAAGAAGUGUUGAGUAGUGAGGAUGAGUUGUAUGACAUUGAUGUCAAUACAGUGGGAACAUCGAGGUCAAAGCCUGCACAACCAAGGAGUAAAGGUGUUGAGUCUCAAGUGACAGUUGAUGAUAAAGAGCCACAAUCUUCCUCAGAUGCUGAGGAUGAGGAGGAUGAAGGGAGGAAUCAAGACAGAAGUGGUCCAAGGUGGCCAGAGGAGGAUGACAUAGGUAAUUGUUCUGAUAUGACACCAAGUGACGUCCUUCAAUCUCCUGUCCAUAGUGGUGACGAAGGACAUCAUGAUUUUAAGUUUCCCGAGUUUCAAGCUGUUGACUUGGAGAAGCCAAAAAUAUCUGUUGGAAUGAAGUUUGGAUCUACAGCACAGUUUAGAGAGACAAUAAGGAGGUUGAACCUAAAUAUAGGUAAAUCGAUAAAAUUUGCAAAGAAUGAUGGGGAUAGGGUUACUGUUGUCUGCAAUACCCCUAAAUGUCCUUACCGGGUUUAUGGGUCUUGGAUUAGAGGGCAACAAACUUUCCAGAUAAAGUCUAUAAACCCAAGACAUGAUUGUAGUAGGAGUUAUAAGAACCCCAUUGUCACAUCAUCUUGGAUUGCAGAUAAGAUGAUGCCACUGUUUAUAAGCCAACCUAAUGUGCCUAUCAAAGCACUUGCUGAUGAGAUUAAGAGAAAGUGGGGAGUGGAAGUUCCUAAAAUGAAGUUGUAUCGUGCUCGAGCGAAGGCUCAGUUUACCAUAUUUGGCAGCCAUAGAGAACAGUAUGCCAAGGUAUGGGACUAUUGUGAGACCCUGAAACAAAGGAACCAAGGUAGUUGUUUGUUAGUUAGGGUGGAACGAAUAGCUCCUGAGUUACCUCCUAUUUUUCAAAGGAUGUAUGUAGGAUUGGCAGCCUGUAGAGAGGGUUUUAAGGCUGGUUGUAGACCAUUGAUUGGUUUGGACGGUUGUUUCUUAAAAGGACCAUUUAAGGGGCAGCUCCUAUGUGCUGUUGGUAGGGAUGCAAAUGAUAACAUGUACCCAAUUGCAAUGGCCAUUGUGGAGGCAGAGUUAAAGGAUAGUUGGGGAUGGUUUAUUGAGACACUUAUAUCCGAUCUUGGACAGCAACCUGAAGGUGGGUGGACAUUUAUCAGUGAUAGACAAAAGGGUUUAAAACCAGCAAUGGAGGAGUUGGUGCCUUACAAUGACAGCCGUAUUUGUGUCAGGCAUUUAUAUGCCAAUUUUCGAGAUGCUGGCCACAGGGGUGUGGCUUUAAAGGAGAAAUUGUGGCAGGCAGCUACAGCAUACACAAAGAGGGACUUUGAGAGAGCUAUGGAGGAACUGAAAGCCCUCAGUCAGCCUGCAUAUGACUACCUAAAGGUUAUAGACCCAUCACAAUGGUCUAGAGCAUGGUUUAACACAUUUUCAAAGUCUGACUUGGUAGUGAAUAAUCUUAGUGAAUGUUUCAACGCGUAUAUUCUGCAAGCACGUGAUAAGCCAAUUGUGACUAUGGUGGAGACCAUACGGAAGAAACUGAUGGCACGAUAUCAGUUGAAAAGGGAAGCAAUUAGUAAAUGGGAGAAUACAAUCACGCCUCGGAUAGUUGCAAAGCUUGAACUUAUGCAUGAUUUGUCCAUCUAUUGUACUCCAACGUAUGCAGGAUGUGGUCAGUUUGAAGUUAACAAUGCUGGUAGGCAAUAUGUGGUUGAUUUGGAAAAGAGGACCUGUUCAUGUUUGAGAUGGGACAUCACAGGUAUUCCAUGCCCGCAUGCAUACACAUGUAUUGUGUAUUCUGACCAAGAUCCCAAGGGAUAUGUGCAUCAUUACUAUAGUGUGGAGAUGUGGAGGGCAGCAUACGAGCCUUUAAUUUACCCUAUGCCAAGUGAGGAUCAGUGGCUCACUACCACAUACGAGAAGCCUACUGCUCCUGAGGUUAGGAAACAACCCGGGGCCAAAGAAACAUCAAAGAAGAAAUGA